AAGAAUCGAGCAACUAGUAUCGAGUCAAUUUUUCAGAAACGGUAACCCGCGGACCCCGGACGGUGUCGCAACUCGAAGACCGCGAACGAGAAUUUGAGUGUUGAACAACAAACUCCACGCUCGAAUUUCAUGAGCCGCGUUGCAAUACUGUUUCAGGGACUUUACAUCGUGUUUCUGACCUAUAGGAGCUAGCACCGGCGCACAAAGGCUCCAUGAUCCAAGACACGGUGACGGUGCAUGGAAGUACCUACCUUGAGUCAUCACUCCUAGUUUACUAGCAGCAACGUACAUAUACAACACGCCCGCGACUCAUAUCGAAUUAAUCCGAUACCUGCUAUGUUACCCCAAUCAUCAAGAUCGCCUGGCCAAGGCUCGGAAGACUUCGACCCUCUCCUCGAGUUAGCACUACCUCAAACUCCUACAGACGACUAUAUCGAGGUUUUAGACGACAUCAGCGACGACGAGAGUGACGAUGAUCAAGACGUGAAGGAUGCGCGCGCCAAAAGAUUGAGCGAAACCAAUGGCUGGCUUGGCUAUCUUCGGGAUUUCACAAUCUUCAUUCCUUUCGUGGUUCCUCGGAAAGACUUCAAAAUACAACUAUGCUUACUCCUCUGCAUCAUUACUUUCACUCUGGAAAGAGUCAUACAAGCUGCUAUUCCAUACACGCUCGGACUAAUUGCGGACAAGAUCACGUCUGGUGUCAUGCCAAUCCGAGAACUGCUCAUCUUCCUUGCACUGGACGUUGCUAAUUGUGAGUCUGGCCUGUUACUUGUCCAAGAGUUAUCCAAGAUUCCCAUCAAGCAAUUCUCAUACCGGGGUCUCACCAAUGCGGCUUUCAACCAUGUCAUGGCUCAGUCGAUUGAUUUUCAUUCUACACAAGACUCGGCUGAGGUCAUGAAAGCAGUCGAACAAGGCGAGUCGCUAGGCAUGGUACUCCAAACAGUGGUCUUCGACAUCGCACCGCCGCUGGUAGAUGUCAUUGUCGCUUGUGCGAUAUUUUACCGAAAGUUCAACCCUGCAGUGGCAUUGAUAUUGCUCGGUUCGUGCAUUAUCUACCUGAUCGCACAAGGCUUCUCGACCAAACUCACAGCUGCUAACCGGAGAGACACGGCUAGAGCGGAGCGAUUCCAGAUCCGCAAAAUACAUCAAGCUAUUCAAGGAUGGCAGACCGUGGCCUACUUCAAUCAGUUCAAGCGUGAGGCCAAAACCCUCUCGGACGCAGUCUUUACUCACUCGGCAACAAGGGCGAAGUUUGAAAGAAAGCAGGCAUUGAUACAAGCUGUGGUGGAGCUUUCAAUACCCGCGACUUGGUUUGCACUUGCCUACAUGAUUUUGCAGCGUAUCGCAGCUGGAAAAACUCCGCCUGGGGACUUCGUCUUCUUCCUGACAUAUUGGGAUGCAAUCAUUUACCCACUUCAAUACCUGAUCAACCAUAUCCGAUGGUUAGCAGGUGACUUUGUGGAUGCUGAACGACUUCUUCUGUUGUUGAAGACGAAACCUUCGGUUGUAGAUGCACCCGAAGCACAUCCGCUUGCUGUUCGCGAUGGCGGAGUUCGCUUCGAAGACGUAUCUUUCAUGUACGACGAAGGCCGUUAUGCGCUACGCAACAUUUCAUUCACUGCUUCGCCUGGUCAAACUAUCGCAUUUGUCGGGCAGACCGGCGCUGGCAAAUCUUCCAUUCUGAAACUUUUGCUACGACUACACGACAUCACAUCUGGCAGCAUCACGAUAUCUGACCAGCAGAUACAGAACGUCACUUUGAGUUCCCUUCGCGAUGCCAUCAGCGUUGUUCCUCAGACGCCAAUGUUCUUCAACGCCUCAAUCAUAGAGAAUGUUCGCUAUGCACGUAGCUCGGCGACGGAUGAAGAGGUCUUUGAAGCGUGCCGUGCAGCUGCAAUUCAUGAUACCAUCAUGCGUCAUUCUGAUGGCUACAACACGCAGGUCGGAGAGCGUGGCGUCAAGCUAUCUGGUGGCGAGGCGCAGAGACUAGCCAUCGCAAGGGCACUGUUAAGAAACACGCCAAUCGUAUUGCUAGAUGAAGCGACAAGCGCUAUUGAUACAGUGACGGAAGGAAAGGUCAAGGGUGCGCUUGAAAGGCUCAAACAAGGGAGGACUGUCCUCGUCGUUGCCCAUCGCCUAAGCACUAUCGCCGAUGCGGAUCAAAUAUUGGUGCUGCAUGAAGGCGAAAUCGUCGAAAGAGGGCGACACCAGGAACUUUGCGAAGUUAAAGGAAAUUAUUGGGCUCUUUGGGUACAGUCAUAGCGGAAGAGAAGGGAA